CGGCAAUAUUUAUCGUAAAUAAUAACAACAAAAAGUCGUGGUAAAUAAACGGGACACGCGAUUCACAUGGAUGGCUGCGUGGCACGUGGCACUAUUAUUGUGGCAACUAGCCAGUGAACUGCCCCACAUCUCGGCUACACGCAUCACCAGCGUCGGCAACAGCUGCUCAGCAAAUAUAUACAGCUGAUAGAGUCGCUGUAGCUGUCGUCAAACAGUGUCGCCUCACAAUCUCACGACCUGAGUCGGUUUUAUCAUACUGACCUCGGUCGAAAUAGAUUACUGACAGCUUAUCGUCCACCUCACUGCAAAGAUGUAUUAUGAAUGCUCAGCGAGUGUGUGCGUGUUUCUGUGAAGGUUAUUCUGGACCUUGCGUUAUCGGUAUCAUUCCAAAUCACAGUGUGCUGUCUUGUCAAGGACAGUUAGUGUUCAACGAGUUUGCAAGCAUCUCUGUUUGAAGUUUCGAGGAACAAGUUCCAAUAUGCUCCGGAAACGUCCUGUAACAUUCGUCCCCGGCUUUCAUGAUGAAGAGCUUUGUUCCAAAAUGCGCUACAAUUCCUUUGGGGAUACAGGACUUGCGGUAUCAGUACUAAGUUUUGGUGCGUCGUCCUUAGGCAGCGUCUUCCGCUCCACCACAGAGGAGGAGUCUAUCGAGGUGGUUCACCAGGCACUGAGGAGCGGCAUCAAUGUCAUCGACGUGGCGCCCUGGUACGGCCAUGGCAAGGCGGAAACCGUGUUGGGGAAGGCCCUGAAGGGAGUCCCAAGGGAAGCGUACUACCUCACAACCAAGGUGGCUCGCUACCUGCCUGAGGCGGACAAGAUGUUCGACUUCAGUGCGGAUCGAACCUUACGGAGUGUAGAUGAAAGUCUCGCUAGACUCGGUGUAGACUACAUCGACAUUAUACAGGUCCAUGACAUGGAGUUUGCUGACAGCCUGGAUGUUGUGAUCAAUGAAACUCUUCCAGCGUUACAGAAAGUGAAGGAUGCCGGGAAGGCUAAGCUGAUUGGUAUUACUGGAUAUCCGCUGGAAAACUUCAGGACAGUGCUUGAGAAGAGUACAGUGGAGAUAGACAGUAUAUUGACCUACUGCCGGGGAUCUAUGAAUGAUAACUCACUGGCAGAAUAUAUACCAUACUUCGAGUCUAAAGGUGUCGGGAUAAUGAAUGCGUCACCGAUAAGUAUGGGUCUGUUGUCGGACCGUGGCGCCCCAUCCUGGCACCCCGCCUCCCAGGACAUCAAGGACACAUGUGCUGCAGCAGCUGCUUACUGCAAGGAGAGGGGAGUGGACAUAUCCCGUCUUGCCAUGGACUUCACCUUGUCACAGCCAGAAUACCACUCAACUCUGGUCAGCACUGCAAGUUUGAAAAACUUACAGAAGAACAUUGACUCAGUGUACACGCCUCUUACUGAGCUGGAGAGGAAGACACAGAAGGAAGUGAUGGAGAAGUUCAUGAAGCCGCUGAACAACAAGAACUGGGAGGGCGUGGAGGUUGCGGAGUACCGGGCAUCUUUGAAAAGCCAAGAUGGCUGAACCAUGAGGUUUCAUAUUUUGUGAGUAUGAAUCGCAUGUUUGGGCAUCAUCAUUCAAGUGCAAAAUUCCAACUGAAAAGCUUGAAAAUAAAGAAAAAUAGUGCAUUGAUUGAUGAAAGGGCAAAUUUACGGACUUUUCGGCAAUUCCGCGUUGUCAUAUAUUCUGGGAAUCAUUCUGCAGAAUUUGUCUAGGACUGGUAUAGGUACCAUACUUUGAGUUUUUUUUACCUGAUGGCCAUUGUUUUUUGUACCUCAGACAGUAUUGUUUGAAACAUUAUUUGAUUGGAAAUAAAUGUGUGGAUCCUU